AUGUCAGUGUCAUCGGUGUCGCUGAGCUCGGAUGCCAAUGUUCGCUAUCAGCGAUUGGCGGCGGAAUACACGAAAUUGAGAGCACAGGCAAAGGUUUUGAGAGAAGGCGUGCUGGAGGAGCGGGGACGAGGGGAUAAGCUUACGGAAGACCUGAAAUCGAAAGAAGCCGUCAUUCGACGACUUCAAGCCGAAAACGAAUCGCUGACGUUUCGAAACGAGCAACUCGUUCGUCGCGUUGAAAAUUUUCAAUUCGACGCUCCGCCCACCACACUACAAACUACAACUCCCAGAAAACCAGCUACCACAAAACAGGCUCCGCCCACUUCUCAAUCUCACGUGGAUGCUGCGAGAAUUGAGCUGUUGGAGCAGGAAUUGAAACAAAAACUGGAACAAAACGAACGUCUCGUCUCAGAAUUGGCUGAAAAUGAGCGUCAACACGCCGUCGAAAUGGCUGAAAUGUCUGAAAAAUUGGCGAAAGAAAUGCGGAAAUUAGAGGACGAAGUGAAACGAAUGAGAAUUCGCACGAAAAUGAUUCAGAAUCCGAAAGAAGACGUUGAGGGGUCUCCUGAAGACGUGGAUGACAUGAGAAAAUCAGAAGACGUCGUUGUCGAGGAUAUCGGAAGUCCCGAGCCGCCAGAAUCACAAGAAGAGGCGAGAAUUAUGGUUGCAGAGGCGGCGCGAGGCACUUUUUCGGGCUUCACUAACGUCUUCACACUUCUACAACAACGUUGCGAAAUCUAUCCAUUCGACAUCAAACUGGAACGUCUUCCAAGCCACGUGGAAAAACUGUCAUCAGAAUACGCUCAAACCGCCCGUCUCUUCUCGGCUCUCGUCGAAAUUGUGGAUUCAAUAAUUCAAAAUUCAGAAUUCAAUCCAACGGAACACAUUCCAGAAGUCGUUUCGAAAUGUCGUCUGAUUUCGAAACAUUGCUCACAGAUGCUCGCGGAGCUCGUCAAACAAAUGACGUCAGAGGAGAAUCGAGUGACGUGGUGUACGACGCCGUUGGCCAGAUUGAAUAACGAGUGGGAAGAACUUAUUCUGAGAAUGUUUGGAAUCUUUGAAGACGUCACUGAGCAUCUGUCGUCUUCAGAAGGGCUCCUGGAAUCCCUGGAUGCGUUAGACGCUGUCACUUCUGAACUGUUGGAUGUCUUCAAGAAGCGGUGGAUUUUUGAGGCACGUCUCCCGACGACGACUCGCCGGAUGCGGUGUGUGGGCUCUGCGUUGGAGGAGGCACUUCAGAUGACGUCGGUGGAGACGUCAAAGUUGACGGCGAGGGCGAGAAAGGUGAAAGGAAUGGAAGAGGAGGAGUGUAGACGACGUCAGCAGUUAGAAGACGCCAAAGGUCGACAGGAAGAAGAAAAGAGGGUAUACAUAGAAUCAAAAGACGUCAAGGAAUCCUUGAAUCCGUUUGAUGAAGAAGACGAUGAGGACUUCAAGGAUGCAUCGGAUGAGAUUCAGAAGACGUCAGAACAUCUAGACGUCCCAACAUCAGCAGAAUCCAAAAUUGCCGAAUCACGAAAAACUUCAUCUGUCUCUUCAGAAUCGAAAAUUCAGAAAACUUCGACGUCGAAGCUAUCUGAAUUCAGAAUUCCCUUGACUUCUGAAUCCAAGCUUGCCGAAUUUUCUGACUCCGCCCACUUGGAAUCGGAGCUCCGCCUCCUUCAAAUUCGCAACGACGAACUGCAAAAAGAGCGCGACAAAAUGUUUGUGGACAUAUCGCUGACGAAACGAAAAUUGGAGAAACUGCAAAAUUCAGAAAUUCCGGAAAAAUCGAUAAUCCAACCAUCGGAUAUCGAUCAAGUUUGGGAAAUCGGAAUGGAGCGGAGAGACGAAUGGAUUCAAAGAGUGAAGAAGGCGGAGAAGGCUUUGCGGUUUUAUGAGAUUGAGUUUGAUCUACUCCUCCGUCACGAAGUGUCAUCAGAAGAGCAUCUUCGUGAAGUUCUGACUGAAAUGGAAUCAAUAGUAAAUCGAAAUGCCCGUCUGGAAGAUGAGCUGGAAAGUGUUCGACGCAGUUACGAGACCCAACUCGGUGAUCUAUCUGAGCAUUUGGCGACGUUGGUUAAAGAAAGAGAACAGGAGAAAGAAUCGAAUAAGAGUCGAGGAAGUCUCAAAUCAUUCUUCAACAAGUCCUAA